AUGGAGCAUCGUUUCGUCGCGGCCCCUCAACUACCACCCGAGAGACUUCCGAAUACACAGCACCGGGCACUAUGCAAAACGAUCGAGUGUCUGUACGCGCGAGUGGUUGUGCUGGAGGAUAUCAUUAGCAGCGUCGGGGCAGAACAUCACUUGAAGACGGCGUUUGGCGGUCGCAUUUGUACCUUAAAGGAAAUAAAAGCGUCGUAUUGCCAAGAUCAGACGUAUCCGCGGCUAUCGAAGUGCAUUGCGCCACACUGCAGUAAAGCGUAUCAAUCUGCGGAGAACCUCCCAAGACACAUUCGAGGCACAUGGGAUCGUAGCCACCAGUUCCACCGUGCGAUACUUACCGGGACCUUCUGUUUUCAGUGUGGGAUGGAAUUUUCGGCAGGCACGUCCUCUCUCUCAAGGCACGAGAGGGACCGCCAUGGGGAACCAAGCACAUCUAGGAUUGAAACCUUCGGGCCGUUCCGCACCGCAUGUGGGUUGUUCCGCUUGUCUGAAUAG